CCUACUCCCAGCCACUACUACUAGUUUUCCCGCUCCUCGCUCGCCCGCGCACACGUACACGUACAGUGACUGCCCCAUCUUCACACAUUUCACAUCAUCUCAAUGUACUGAAAGACAGCACAACACUCCUGUAGUUCCCCCAGUGAGCUGAAGCCGUCUGACAGAUCGGUGUUCUCAGCACGUGGUGGAAGGGAAUCUCGCGGAAGGCGCUACCGCUGUCUAGUUUCUCUGCUAGACUCAGUUUGCCUGUUUGCUAGUCUCGCCUAACAAUCAGUGGCAUGAAGUACUAUCAUUCCUGUUAACCGGAGGAGGAAUAACCGGAAAUCUAACGAUAGAAGAGGAAAGGAGGAACAGAAGACCAGAAGUGACGAGCAAGAUCAACUUCUGGCUUUUGCAUCUCGUGAAGAAAUGCGACAGCUGUUCUGAAAAGAGGCAAAAUCGUUGAUAGUUCUUCAACUCGAUUCAUCGGUGCAAAGAAAACGGGAGGAGGAGAGAGAAGACCCGCAGUUUGACCACGUACUGGCCACUCUCUUCCAAGGAUUACCGGACCUAAAAUAACUGUUACGUUCAGUCAACAUGACAGGGAAAAACGCAUGCGCAGUCUGCCAGACAGAGGCCAGGCAGGCCUGUGGUGGUUGUGGAGGCGCUUUCUACUGCAGCAAGGAGCAUCAACGCAAACAUUGGCCGACUCAUAAGCAGGAGUGCCAACCAUUCCGAGUUGCUUCUUCUCCGGAGGCUGGACAGUAUCUGGUAGCUAACAGGCGACUGAAUGCCGGUCAGGUGAUACUUAAAGACUCGCCUCUCGCUGUAGGUCCAUUAUCUAAAUCGCAGCCUCAGUGUCUUGGAUGCACUGCCGCUAUAGAAGACGAGAAUUUCUUCAAAUGUCCAAAAUGUCAAUGGCCGCUUUGUUCAGAGCAGUGUUCAAGUAGCCCUCAGCAUAAAGACGAAUGUUUACUGCUGUCUAAAGACGCAAAUGGAGUAGGGGCACCCAAGACACUUGAAGAAUCGUCUCGAUAUGACUUCAUUAUGAUACUUCGAUGUCUUUUGACGAGGUCUGCCAACCCUUCUGGAUGGCAGAUGCUUCUAGACAUGGCCAGUCACGCUGAGCAACGUAAAGCUAAAAUGGGAGAUCUUUACAAAGCUACAAUCUGGUACUUGACCAAAGUGCUCGAUUUAGACUACGACACUGACGUCCUGCAUCAAGUCUACGGUGCUGUCGUCACAAACACCUUGGAAAUCAGGAGCGAGAAAGGGGCUCGUAUGAGAGCGCUCUACCCAAGAAUAAGACUCUUAAACCACUCUUGCAUUCCAAACACCCACCUAGCGUGUCAUGCCCAAGGUGUCAUGGAGGCACGCACAGCUACUGUUGUGGAGUCUGGAGAGCCAUUUUUCAUCUGCUAUACUGGCACAACAAUGCCAUUUUGGGAAAGACAGAGUUCACUGCGAGAUUCGUACUGUUUUGCCUGUGUGUGUGCGCGUUGUGAAGACCCAACCGAGGCUGGGACUCAUUUCUCAUCCCUGAGGUGUCCAGAGUGCGAUGAGCAUUAUUUAGUGCCAUUCAAACAGGGUGAGGACAUCGCGUGGAGGUGUGAGAAAUGCACAUUAGAACAAAGUAACUUGGACGUCAAGGCAAAAGUCGAUGAAUUCUUGCAACAGCUGGAGGCAGAGAGCAUCUUUGUAGGAAGUUCAGUAGACGAACAAGUAACAGGAGCCCUGGAGAAGACCGAAAAGUUAUUUCACCGAAAUCAUUACGUCUGGAUGAAGGUAGCACAGUAUGCUUUAUGGAAGAUGAGAAACAGCAACACUCAAGAGACCCUAAAUCUCAGAAGAAAAAUUUGGACGACUUUACUUCCGCUGUACGAAACUUUCGAGCCUGGUCUGACCAAGAGAAGAGGAAUGUCCUUAAUGGAGACAGCAAAGGCCUUCUUUGAUUCAGCAAUGAAUGAAGUCACAAGUGACGGAGUAACGAAGACAGCGCAGCUGCAGAAAGCAGUGAACUACUACCAGGAAGCGGCUAACAUCCUGGGCAUCGAGCCGGCAGAGUCUAUGGAAUCUACCCUGGCUCUCAGGGCACGAGCGAGCAAAGCCGAGGCAGAAAAGAUGUUGGCACAGAUACAUUCUGGAAAUAUCCGUGCAGACGGGAGCAGAGACAGGUGCAGAGAAAUGGGUGAGGUGGAGAUAUGCGAAUUAUGUGGCGCCCCGGACGCCCAAGUUUCCUGCCCAGAAUGCGACGAAGUUUUCUACUGCUCGACCAGUCACCAGGAGGAUCACUGGGAUGAGCAUAAGGAGGAGUGUCGUCCGACAGUCAUUGAAAUGAAGGAUCCUGAGAGGGGAAGAUACUUGGUGCCAGGGCGUGACAUCAAAGCGGGCGAACUCCUUUUCAAGGAAGAACCAAUAGCUCUCGGGCCAAGGGCUUCGUCUCGUCCAGUAUGCUUAGGUUGUCACAAAAGCAUCGAAGACAUGUAUUUCACAAGGUGCCCAAAAUGUUUGUGGCCUCUCUGUUCACCCUCUUGCGCGUCUUCAAAACUGCACGUCGAUGAGUGUCCUAUUUUGGCGAACGACAAAGGUAAAGUGGGUCAGCCGGCGGACGUCUCAGAAACGCCACGUUACGACUGCAUCUUCGUCCUUCGUUGUCUCCUGUUGCGCGACACGAACCCGAAGGCGUGGCGCCGCCUACUCACUAUGGCUAGUCACGCCGUCCAGCUAGAGGCGGACGAGGAGCCUUAUCACAUGGCUACUAUAACGUACAUCAAAGAUGUCCUGAAAGCGAAGUUCCAACCCAAACUCAUCCACCACGCCAGAGGGGCAAUUAUGACGAACUGCUUUGAAUGGCGGAACCCGUCGGGGGUGAGUCUACGCGGUAUGUACCCAAAAUUAGGCCGCAUUAACCAUUCCUGUUACCCAAACGUAACAGUGACAUCUGACUCUGACGGCGCCAUGUAUGCUAGGGCAGCAGUUGAUAUUAAAGCUGGAAAGCCCCUUUACAUAACUUACACAGGUAUCACUCUGCCCAUCUGGGAAAGACAGGCUUACACGAAUGCCGUCCAUUACUUCACCUGUGACUGCAAGCGAUGCACUGACCCAACGGAACUCGGCCUCCAUUAUUCUUCGCCUAAAUGUGAAACUUGUGGAAACCAGUAUUUAGAGCCAAAGACUUGGCUUUGGGACACCAUCUGGGAGUGUCCCUUAUGCCACGGUAUCGUUCAGGACAUUUUGGUCAAAAUGGAGUACAGUCAGUGGCUCUCAAGGUUUGACUGCCACGACACUUUCAUCACAGCGUAUCCCAAAGGUGUGCAAAACAUUCUUGAAAAGGUUGAAUAUACCUUCCACGGUACCCAUCACGUUUGGACAAUGGCAGCUCAGGUAGCUAUAAGGACACUUCAGGAUAACAACAGUCGAGAAUCCUUAACUUUAAGGAUCAAAUUAUGGGAGCGUCUCCUGAAGAUCUAUUCUGCGUUGGAACCUGGAUUGACACUUAGGCGAGGUACAACUUUAUACGAGAUAGGUAUAUGCCAGGCCAUUCUCACGCAGGUAGAAAUGGACGAAGGACGCCUCACGGAUCACUUCUACGGCGUGUACAUGAAGAAAGCUUUGGGCUACCUUCACGAAGCUAUUGACAUCCUGAGCCUGCAGCCCCCAACCUCUCACGAGAGACGGUGGUACAAAAAGGCAGUGGAAAAGGUAGAGGUCAUUUCUCUCCAGCUGAAGAAAUUCGACAGCGAAGAGAGGAAGAUCAGCAGUUUGGUAUUGCAGGAAAACCAAAAUCCACUCGGAAAAGUCAUUUAAAUUCACCAGGGAAUAAAAUCCAAGCAUAUUUUAAUUGACUUCUAAUUGUUGGCCGGCCAUAUUGUUGUAUCAAUAUAACGCUGUACAAGUAUACAUGAUAAGGUUUUGUGUUUGGCUUUAAUGUGCAAUAUAUAUACAUGCGCGAAUUCAUUGUGCUUGGAAGGGUAAUUUCGGAGUGAUUUAAAAUGUUCAUGAUUUACGUUUUUUAAAAUUAAUUUUUCAUAUUUUGUCAUACUACGAAUUUAUCGUAGUAUGAAAAACUUAUUAACUCCCGAAUUUUUUUCAAACAACUCUCAGUUGCGGGUAAAACUUGGUUUGCUGGUUUGCUGACUGUUUUGUAUGAAUGAUGUCAGAAUGACGACAGGUUCUAAAAUGGAACUCACUGAAGUCCUGCAAGCGAAGUAUUCAAGGCUGGUUGCAAUUGUAUCCAUGCAUGAUAUAUUUUCACAGACUGAUCUUCAUUCCAUUGUUUUUUUUAUAACUAUGUACUGUGCAGUACAAGUCUUGGACUGUUAUUUCCCUUUCACUAUGAAAUCCUCACUUAUUCAUUAGGACUAAAUUGCCUUUAGAUACCAUUUCUUUUUAUUUACAUUUUCAUGAUCUAAUGGUUACCUUCAUAACAGAAAAUAUAUUUUUGUAUGUCAUUUAUUUUUUAACACUGUUGUACCCUUAUUCGAUCUAAUUGUUACAGUGAUAUUAAAAUACUACUGAA